GCUCGGCGGGGCCGCACGUGUGCGCCCUCCCGGGCGGGGGAGUCCCCGGGCGAGCACGUGCCGCGGUGCGCGGGGGGCGGGGAGUCCCGCGGACGCCUUCAUUGCUGCUGCUGCUGCCGCCGCGGCCGCCGCUGCCUCUUCCUUCCUCCUGCGCCGUCCCCUCCUCGGCCCGGGCGGGGGGCUCCGCGCGCCGAGCUCGGUCGGGCCGGGCGCUCCGGGAGGCGGGCGCCCCAGGCGGCGGCGGCGGCGGCCGCGACGGUGGUGGCGGCGGCGGCGCGGGCCGGGAAACUUUGCCCCUUUGUGCGCUCCGCCCCGGAGGCGGCGGGCAGGCAGCACUGCCUUCUCCAGCGUCCAGACCCUGGAGGAAAAAUACCAGGAGAAACUGCUCACUCAGCUCUGCCCCCACCACACCCCUACCUGCUCAACUCAUGCCUGGGUCCAGGGUGGGUGAGGGUGAAGAACCCACCGGGCCAAGAUGAUCCCUUUUCUGAGGGCUGCUGCUGGUGUCCUCCCCCAGAUCCUGGGCCCCAGCAGGUGGGAGAGUGGCCCCCUACGGAGUCCGAUCAGACUGCUGCAGAGGAGGUGAAGAGGGGUUGAGAAGAGGCAUCCAUACACGAGACUGAAGCCACUUGCCUUCACCCUUGUAGACUCUUGACUGUUCUAGGCGAGAAGGACCUGUUGGUGGCCUUUGGAGGUGGCAGGAAACGACUGUGGUUCUGCCCCAGCACCUAUGCCCCCACCUCUGGCAGCAUCAUGAGCCAGUUUCAGGUGCCCCUGGCCGUCCAGCCGGACCUGCCAGGCCUUUAUGACUUCCCUCAGGGCCAGGUGAUGGUAGGGGGCUUCCCGGGGUCUGGGCUCUCCAUGGCUGGGAGUGAGUCCCAACUCCGAGGGGGUGGAGAUGGUCGAAAGAAACGGAAACGGUGUGGUACUUGUGAGCCCUGCCGGCGGCUGGAAAACUGUGGCGCUUGCACUAGCUGUACCAACCGCCGCACGCACCAGAUCUGCAAACUGCGAAAAUGUGAGGUGCUGAAGAAAAAAGUAGGGCUUCUCAAGGAGGUGGAAAUAAAGGCUGGUGAAGGAGCCGGGCCGUGGGGACAAGGAGCGGCUGUCAAGACAGGCUCAGAGCUCAGCCCAGUUGAUGGACCUGUUCCAGGUCAGAUGGACUCAGGGCCAGUGUACCAUGGGGACUCACGGCAGCUAAGCGCCUCAGGGGUGCCGGUCAAUGGUGCUAGAGAGCCCGCUGGACCCAGUCUGCUGGGGACUGGGGGUCCUUGGCGGGUAGACCAAAAGCCCGACUGGGAGGCUGCCCCAGGCCCAGCUCAUACUGCUCGCCUGGAAGAUGCCCACGAUCUGGUGGCCUUUUCGGCUGUGGCCGAAGCUGUGUCCUCUUAUGGGGCCCUUAGCACCCGGCUCUAUGAAACCUUCAACCGUGAGAUGAGUCGUGAGGCUGGGAACAACAGCAGGGGACCCCGGCCAGGGCCUGAGGGCUGCUCUGCUGGCAGCGAAGACCUUGACACACUGCAGACGGCCCUGGCCCUCGCGCGGCAUGGUAUGAAACCACCCAACUGCAACUGCGAUGGCCCAGAAUGCCCUGACUACCUCGAGUGGCUGGAGGGGAAGAUCAAGUCUGUGGUCAUGGAAGGAGGGGAGGAGCGGCCCAGGCUCCCAGGGCCUCUGCCUCCUGGUGAGGCCGGCCUCCCAGCACCAAGCACCAGGCCACUCCUCAGCUCAGAGGUGCCCCAGAUCUCUCCCCAAGAGGGCCUGCCCCUGUCCCAGAGUGCCCUGAGCAUUGCCAAGGAAAAAAACAUCAGCUUGCAGACCGCCAUUGCCAUUGAGGCCCUCACACAGCUCUCCUCCGCCCUCCCACAGCCUUCUCAUUCCACCCCCCAGGCUUCUUGCCCCCUUCCUGAGGCCUUGUCACCUCCUGCCCCUUUGAGAUCUCCCCAGUCUUACCUCCGGGCUCCUUCAUGGCCUGUGGUUCCUCCUGAAGAGCACUCAUCUUUUGCUCCUGAUAGCUCUGCCUUCCCUCCAGCAACUCCUAGAACUGAGUUCCCUGAAGCCUGGGGCACUGACACCCCUCCAGCAACGCCCCGGAGCUCCUGGCCCAUGCCUCGCCCAAGCCCCGAUCCCAUGGCUGAACUGGAGCAGUUGUUGGGCAGCGCCAGUGAUUACAUCCAGUCAGUAUUCAAGCGGCCCGAGGCCCUGCCUACCAAGCCCAAGGUCAAGGUGGAGGCACGCUCUUCCUCCCCGGCCCCGGCCCCGGCCCCAUCCCCUGUACUUCAGAGGGAGGCUCCCACGCCAUCCUCGGAGCCCGACACCCACCAGAAGGCCCAGACCGCCCUGCAGCAGCACCUCCACCACAAGCGCAGCCUCUUCCUAGAACAGGUUCACGACACCUCCUUCCCUGCUCCUUCGGAGCCUUCUGCUCCUGGCUGGUGGCCCCCACCAAGUUCACCUGCCACACGGCUUCCAGACAGACCACCCAAGGAGAAGAAGAAGAAGCUCCCAACACCAGCUGGAGGUCCCGUGGGAGCGGAGAAAGCUGCCCCUGGGAUCAAGCCCAGUGUCCGAAAGCCCAUUCAGAUCAAGAAGUCCAGGCCCCGGGAAGCACAGCCCCUCUUCCCACCUGUCCGACAGAUUGUCCUGGAAGGGCUUAGGUCCCCAGCCUCCCAGGAAGUGCAGGCUCAUCCACCGGCCCCUCUGCCUGCCUCACAGGGCUCUGCUGUGCCCCUGCCCCCAGAACCUUCUCUUGCGCUAUUUGCACCUAGUCCCUCCAGGGACAGCCUGCUGCCCCCUACUCAGGAAAUGAGGUCCCCCAGCCCCAUGACAACCUUGCAGCCAGGCUCCACUGGCCCUCUUCCCCCUGCCGAUGACAAGCUGGAAGAGCUCAUCCGGCAGUUUGAGGCUGAAUUUGGAGAUAGCUUUGGGCUUCCCGGCCCCCCUUCUGUGCCCAUUCAGGACCCCGAGAACCAGCAAACAUGUCUCCCAGCCCCUGAGAGCCCCUUUGCUACCCGUUCCCCCAAGCAAAUCAAGAUUGAGUCUUCGGGGGCUGUGACUGUGCUCUCAACCACCUGCUUCCAUUCAGAGGAGGGAGGACAGGAGGCCACACCCACCAAGGCUGAGAACCCACUCACACCCACCCUCAGUGGCUUCUUGGAGUCACCUCUUAAGUACCUGGACACACCCACCAAGAGUCUGCUGGACACACCUGCCAAGAGAGCCCAGGCCGAGUUCCCCACCUGCGAUUGCGUCGAACAAAUAGUGGAGAAAGAUGAAGGUCCAUAUUAUACUCACCUGGGAUCUGGCCCCACGGUCGCCUCCAUCCGGGAACUCAUGGAGGAGCGGUAUGGAGAGAAGGGGAAAGCCAUCCGGAUCGAGAAGGUCAUCUACACGGGGAAGGAGGGAAAGAGCUCCCGCGGUUGCCCCAUUGCAAAGUGGGUGAUCCGCAGGCACACGCUGGAGGAGAAGCUACUCUGCCUGGUGCGGCACCGGGCAGGCCACCACUGCCAGAACGCUGUGAUCGUCAUCCUCAUCCUGGCCUGGGAGGGCAUUCCCCGUAGCCUCGGAGACACCCUCUACCAGGAGCUCACCGACACCCUCCGGAAGUAUGGGAACCCCACCAGCCGGAGAUGCGGCCUCAACGAUGACCGGACCUGCGCUUGCCAAGGCAAAGACCCCAACACCUGUGGUGCCUCCUUCUCCUUUGGUUGUUCCUGGAGCAUGUACUUCAACGGCUGCAAGUAUGCUCGGAGCAAGACACCUCGCAAGUUCCGCCUCGCAGGGGACAAUCCCAAAGAGGAAGAAGUGCUCCGGAAGAGUUUCCAGGACCUGGCCACCGAAGUCGCUCCCCUGUACAAGCGACUGGCCCCUCAGGCCUAUCAGAACCAGGUGACCAACGAGGAAAUAGCGAUUGACUGCCGUCUGGGGCUGAAGGAAGGACGGCCCUUCGCAGGGGUCACAGCCUGCAUGGACUUCUGUGCCCACGCCCACAAGGACCAGCAUAACCUCUACAAUGGGUGCACCGUGGUCUGCACCCUGACCAAGGAAGACAAUCGCUGCGUGGGCAAGAUUCCCGAGGAUGAGCAGCUGCAUGUUCUCCCCCUGUACAAGAUGGCCAACACGGAUGAGUUUGGUAGCGAGGAGAACCAGAAUGCAAAGGUGGGCAGCGGAGCCAUCCAGGUGCUCACCGCCUUCCCCCGCGAGGUCCGACGCCUGCCUGAGCCUGCCAAGUCCUGCCGCCAGCGGCAGCUGGAAGCCAGAAAGGCAGCAGCCGAGAAGAAGAAGAUUCAGAAGGAGAAGCUGAGCACUCCGGAGAAGAUCAAGCAGGAGGCCCUGGAGCUGGCGGGCAUUACGUCGGACCCAGGCCUGUCUCUGAAGGGUGGAUUGUCCCAGCAAGGCCUGAAGCCCUCCCUCAAGGUGGAGCCGCAGAACCACUUCAGCUCCUUCAAGUACAGCGGCAACGCGGUGGUGGAGAGCUACUCGGUGCUGGGCAACUGCCGGCCCUCCGACCCUUACAGCAUGAACAGCGUGUACUCCUACCACUCCUACUAUGCACAGCCCAGCCUGACCUCCGUCAAUGGCUUCCACUCCAAGUACGCUCUCCCGUCUUUUAGCUACUAUGGCUUUCCAUCCAGCAACCCCGUCUUCCCCUCUCAGUUCCUGGGUCCUGGUGCCUGGGGGCACAGUGGCAGCAGUGGCAGUUUUGAGAAGAAGCCAGACCUCCACGCUCUGCACAACAGCCUGAGCCCGGCCUACGGUGGUGCUGAGUUUGCCGAGCUGCCCAGCCAGGCUGUUCCCACAGACGCCCACCACCCCACUCCUCACCACCAGCAGCCUGCAUACCCAGGCCCCAAGGAGUAUCUGCUUCCCAAGGCCCCCCCAAUCCACUCAGUGUCCAGGGACCCCUCCCCCUUUGCCCAGAGCUCCAACUGCUACAACAGAUCCAUCAAGCAAGAGCCAGUAGACCCGCUGACCCAGGCUGAGCCUGUGCCCAGAGACGCUGGCAAGAUGGGCAAGACGCCUCUGUCCGAGGUGUCUCAGAAUGGAGGACCCAGUCACCUUUGGGGACAGUACUCAGGAGGCCCAAGCAUGUCCCCCAAGAGGACUAACGGUGUGGGUGGCAGCUGGGGUGUGUUCUCGUCUGGGGAGAGUCCUGCCAUCGUCCCUGACAAGCUCAGUUCCUUUGGGGCCAGCUGCCUGGCCCCUUCCCACUUCACAGAUGGCCAGUGGGGGCUGUUCCCCGGUGAGGGGCAGCAGGCGGCUUCCCACUCUGGAGGACGGCUGCGAGGCAAACCGUGGAGCCCCUGCAAGUUUGGGAACAGCACCUCUGCCUUGGCUGGGCCCAGCCUGACUGAGAAGCCGUGGGCGCUGGGGGCAGGGGAUUUCAACUCGGCCCUGAAAGGUAGUCCUGGGUUCCAAGACAAGCUGUGGAACCCCAUGAAAGGAGAGGAGGGCAGGAUUCCAGCCGCAGGGGCCAGCCAGCUGGACAGGGCCUGGCAGUCCUUUGGUCUGCCCCUGGGAUCCAGCGAGAAGCUGUUUGGGGCUCUGAAGUCAGAGGAGAAGCUGUGGGACCCCUUCAGCCUGGAGGAGGGGCCGGCUGAGGAGCCCCCCAGCAAGGGAGCAGUGAAGGAGGAGAAGGGCGGUGGUGGUGCGGAGGAGGAAGAGGAGGAGCUGUGGUCGGACAGUGAACACAACUUCCUGGACGAGAACAUCGGCGGCGUGGCCGUGGCCCCAGCCCACGGCUCCAUCCUCAUCGAGUGUGCCCGGCGGGAGCUGCACGCCACCACGCCGCUUAAGAAGCCCAACCGCUGCCACCCCACCCGCAUCUCGCUGGUCUUCUACCAGCACAAGAACCUCAACCAGCCCAACCACGGGCUGGCCCUCUGGGAAGCCAAGAUGAAGCAGCUGGCGGAGAGGGCACGGGCACGGCAGGAGGAGGCUGCCCGGCUGGGCCUGGGCCAGCAGGAGGCCAAGCUCUACGGGAAGAAGCGCAAGUGGGGGGGCACUGUGGUUGCUGAGCCCCAGCAGAAAGAGAAGAAGGGGGUCGUCCCCACCCGGCAGGCACUGGCUGUGCCCACAGACUCGGCGGUCACCGUGUCCUCCUAUGCCUACACGAAGGUCACUGGCCCCUACAGCCGCUGGAUCUAGGUGCCAGGGAGCCAGCGUACCUCAGCGUCGGGCCUGGCCCGAGCUGUCUCUGUGGUGCUUUUGCCCUCAUACCUGGGGGCGGGUUGGGGGUGCAGAAGUCUUUUUAUCUCUAUAUACAUAUAUAGAUGCGCAUAUCAUAUAUAUGUAUUUAUGGUCCAAACCUCAGAACUGACCCGCCCCUCCCUUACCCCCACUUCCCCAGCACUUUGAAGAAGAAACUACGGCUGUCGGGUGAUUUUUCCGUGAUCUUAAUAUUUAUAUCUCCAAGUUGUCCCCCCCCCUUGUCUGGGGGGUUUUUAUUUUUAUUUUCUCUUUGUUUUUAAAACUCUAUCCUUGUAUAUCACAAUAAUGGAAAGAAAGUUUAUAGUAUCCUUUCACAAAGGAGUAGUUUUAAAUUCCAUUUAAAAUGUGUAUUUAUUGGAUUUUUUAAAAGCGACAAUAGUAAUGGUAAAGGAUGGGCAGGAAAGGCCAGUAGUGCUCCCCCGCCCAGUCUCGCUGGGUCUGGCGAGCCAAGCCCCUCGGGCGCUGGCGAGGUCCUCAGCCAUCUGCCCCUCGAGAGCCAAGCGCGGACGGUAGCCACCCAGUUCAUCCCUCCCGACAUAACACCCCUUCCCUUUGGGGAAGGGAGCCUCAGGACAGCUUCUGUCCUCUCUGAUAGGAUGGCAGAGUCUGCAGAAAACCAUCUGGGGUCCCUUUUCCAGUCCCCGGCUUGGAGUCGAAGGGCAGAUGCACCCCAGGCCAGCCCCACGAGAUGCUGGCAUAGCUUUCCCCAGAAACCAGGUUGGAAGUAGAUGGCUUCAAGCUUGCUAGUCUCCACACUGAAUCCUCUGUCCGUUAUUUAUGGAGUCACACGAUGUCAUGGUUCACUAGGCAGCACCUCACGCUGGAGCUGGAGUGCGAGGUUCUUAGGGGCCGCGCCCACCAUGUUGCCAAGCCAAUGCAUGCUGAGCUGAAGGAAUUUGUCUUAGUGGCAGUUUUUUAAAAAAUGCCCCCAAAGUCUAUGCUGAUACUGAAAAAGGGCUACUGUAUCUUUAAAAACAGGAAGUUGAACCCAAGCUGUGAAAAGCCAGUGGUGCUCUGUGCAUGGUGCUGUGCGGAGCCUGGUGCUGUAGUGUUGUGCUGGGACUUUCUUGACUCUUGGGCAGGUCGCAUCCUACAGGAGCUCAGCAGACCAGUGUAACAACAGUUAAUGCAUCUAUCCUGAUCCCUGAAUUUCCACAUUGGACAAUGGUGCAUGCCUCACACCUGAGCCUGCUUCCUCCAUGCUAUCAUUGGGUUCGGGGGCCUACACUUAACAAUUUUAAAGUGCAAGAGUCAAACAUUUUCAACAGGUUGCUAUAAUUUUCCUCCCUAAUUGGUGCCAUUUCUCCAUUUGAUCAUUUUCUUUUUUUCCUUUCUCCCCUCUUCAUCCACUUUAAUAUAGCUGUUCUGAAAUUCUGGUGCAUUCAUUCGGUUCUUUGAAAUGAGAAUGUGGUGCUUAAUUUUUGUGACGUUGUUGAGAGAGGUUGGGCCUGAUGGGAGCGACACUCAUUAUCACCAAGUCAAACUUUGUUGGAGUGUUGGUUUUUCUUGUGAUAUUAGCAGAAAUGAUCUCAUGCUAGCCAUGUGGAUGUGUGUGUGGUGAAUGGGGGGCUUCAUCAGGACACACAGAGGGGAAUGUGGCCACACAGUGGAUGACCACCAAGCCCUGAGAUGAACAGGUAUUUACUGAGCAGUUGUAUUCAGAUAUGGGUCUUCAUGAAUCAUGUUUAACAAUCAGAUGACCGCUAUAGGCAAGUUCCUGAGCUUCCGGGUGCCUUGAGUAAGAGCUGAGAACCGGCCCGCUGGGUGUUUACUGUAUCUGUUUGGAAGCACUGGCGGAGGGUCGUUGUAAGAUGUCCUGAGCAUUUAUGUGGUCUGGUUUUAACUGUAAAUAGUGAAAGAUUUUUUUAAGCACUUUUGCCUAGAUUUAAACAGCAACUUGAAAAAAAAAGUAUGUUUUAACAUGUAAUUGUGGGAGAAAUUGUAAAUAGUAGCUGAAUAUUUAAUGUGCUUUGUCUAUCCUCCACUUUUACCAUAUUCUGUAAAGUUGCAUUUAUUUUACAGGACAAAAAAAUGAAAUAUUAUUGCUUUUGAAAUAAAUACCCAAGAGCUUAUCAGGACUUAGAAUUAUUCAGAACUCAGAUUUAUAGGAAACCUCUGACCUUCAGUUUGACAAGCUAAAGGAAGCAGAGUCUUUAAUGAGCAUGCUAAUUUUCUAGUUUUGAGGAAAAAUUGGGUCCUUUAAAUGCUAUUUUGCUUAUCGCAUCAGUACUUUUAUGCAGGUCUCAUUUGACUCCGUGCUUAGGUAGAUGCGGGGGUGCCUUGAAAACUUCAUUUUAAAUGAUCUUAAGCAAGAAAUACAAUAUUUUACGAAACAUUUGGAGAAUGUGACCGUCUGUAUGACCCGUGGAAGCCCCAGGUUGGCUGUUGGUUUGGAAGGUCCCGAGUGUAACCCAGGUGAUUCUGAUACUUGGCAUGUGUGAAUCUUCCUGAUGUAUGUUAAAUAAACUCUUCCCCUCAUCACCCUUUGGUAGGAAAGCCAUUAGAUGAAAGGAGAAACCAAUACAAGCUAAAAGCAUGCAACGUCUGUCCCCCAGCCCAAACAGCCUUGGUUCAUCAGUUUCUGCAGUAGGAAAUAGGCUGCUGAGAGGUGAGUCAAGAGGCAGUCUCCAUUGGAUGUCCCCACUCCCCUCAGAAUGGCGUUUCCAGAGUUAGGCGGUGUGGUUGCCGUGCUCAAGCCCAUGCUGAUUUGUACACUACAUGUCUAACCUACCUCAAAUCUCAGUCAUUAAAAUUAGCAUGCUUUAGACAUAUAUUUAAAAAGUAACUAUGCACAGCUCUUUAUCCCCCCCUUGCUGCUGAAGGUUUCUUAAAGAGAAAAAUCAAAUUUUUAUUUUUUACUGGCACUAUCAUUUUUUAAGUCCUAAAGAUGAUUAACAGACAUUUUUAUCAUGAGAAGAAAAAUAAAGCCAUUGCAACUAAAGAACCUAACAGCAUGACCAAGUUCGAAGAGUCAUA